AUGGAGCUAUCAGCAGAGAUGCCUCUGAUUGAGACUCACCUGGAGCCUCUUCGAUGCACGGGUUCUCCAGACGACGAGCAUUCGGACUCGAGUGAAGACGCCUCCAGCGAGGACGCCCUGUGGCGGCCCGACGGCCUCUGCCUGGAGGCGGGCACUAUGUCGGCGGCCGAGAGCGAGGUGAGGCGCUCGGCCAGGAGGAAGCUCUACUUGGCCUGCACUGUCUGCCUCCUCUUCAUGACCGGAGAGGUGGUCGGAGGGUACGCCGCUCACAGUCUGGCCAUCAUGACGGACGCGGCUCAUCUUCUGACGGACUUCUGCAGCAUUUUGAUCAGCAUCUUCUCCCUGUGGCUCUCCACGAGGCCUCCAACACACACCAUGACCUUCGGGUGGCAUCGAGCAGAGAUUCUGGGCAUGUUGCUGUCGAUGGUUUCCAUCUGGGCCGUGACGGCGGCGCUCGUCGCUUUGGCCGCUCAGAGGAUCCAUGACGGAGACUUCGACAUCGACAGUCGGAUCAUGCUCGUAACCUCCGGCUGCGGAGUGGGGGUCAACGUCCUGAUGGUCCUGAUCCUCCACCAGUCUGGAGCCUCGCACGGCCACGCACACGCACACGCACUUCCCGCCAAACAGCGUCAAGGGAGCGGCCACCAUCACAGCCACGGCAACGCCGCCGUGAAGGCGGCGUUCAUCCACGUGCUGGGAGAUCUGGUGCAGAGUCUCGGCGUCCUACUGGCCGCCACCAUCAUCUACUUCUGGCCUGAAUAUAAAGUAGCGGACCCGAUUUGCACGUUCCUGUUCUCGGUUCUGGUUCUCGCGACGACACUUCCGAUCACAAAGGACGUCCUCAGAAUCCUGAUGGCCGGCGCUCCUCGGGACGUGGACUUCAGCUCCGUGCGGGAGCGGCUGCUGUCGGUGAAAGGAGUGACGUCGCUUCACAGCCUGCACGUGUGGAGCCUGAACACGACGCGCUCCUUCCUGUCUGUGCACAUGGCCACAGAUGAAGGCACCGAUGCUCAGCUCGUCCUCAAGAAGGCAACAAAGCUCCUGCGCUCCAAGUUCGACUUCUCCAGCGUCACAAUCCAAGUGGAGCAUUAAAGACUGCUGACAUCACCACGACUGUGUUUACAUUGACGUCUAUGGCUGCAACAUGAACCGACCACUCGCCCCAAAAGUAUCUAGAUGCCGUACUUUUAUCUACACUAUCC